GUCUGAGCAGGAAAAAUCUCAGAGGCAGGUCAUAAACUGUUUUCUCUGCUUCUUUCAUCUCAGUGCAGAAUUACAGUAAGGCCGUACUUCCAAUGGACACUAGAUGGCGGAAUAAACCCACUGCAAGAAACCUCGUCGGUCUUCACCCUGAAGCUCUCCAUCACACUUCAACUUUCUCCUGCCUUGUUCAUGCAGUGACACCAACUGUUCAGACAGUGGCUUCAGAGUCUUGUGUGUCACUGUGAGAAAGAUCAGAAUUGAGUGACUGAGUAUGAACACACCUGUUGAAAGGAGGAGAGAGUUUACCUGUUAAAAUGAGGCGAACUUCAGGUCAGGUUUUGCCCCCCCCCCUCGCCUUAUCCCGCCCACUCCUCAUUAACAUAAUCAUGCAGCUGCACACCGGGAGGUCUCACGGGGUUAAAACAAACGUCGUGCGCCUUUUGGGGAGCAUCAGACCAGGUGAGGGAUCCGCACGGUUCAGGAAAUCCAAGCAUGGCUCGUUUGCUGCUCCUUGCCGUGAGUUUACUGUGUGUGUGUGAUCUCUCACGCGUGGAGGAGAUGAAGAGCCAGGAGCGGCUCUUCCUCAGCUCCCUGGGCCUCUCAGAGCGACCGCGACCCCCGGGGGGCCGUCAGACCAGGCGCCACGUCCCCUCCGCGCUCUGGAAGAUGUUCCGGAGUUCAGAGAAGAUCCAGACCCAGGAGAGCGACCCCUGCACGGUGUCCGAGUACGGAGUCCGCGGGAACAUCAUCCGAUACGUGCAAGACCAAGGCAGGGUUGUGUCUGGGUGGAGCAGCAGCUGUCAGGCCUGUCUGGAGAAGCAGCUUUUCUUCAACAUGUCCGUCCUGCAGCCUGUGGAGCUGCUAUCUCUGGCUCAGCUGGAAGUCAAGUUCCACUGGAAACCCUUCAGAUCUGCAGAGCUCCUGCAGGGGCACCGGGGCCUCAGCGUGUCUCUGUAUAAAGUGAUCCGAGCCACGCUAAGGGGAGCUGAUCCUCGGGCCAACCGCAGACUCCUGCUGUCUCAGUCGGUCCAGCUGCAGCCUGAACCGGCCUCCAUCACCAUGGACCUCAGCUCACUGGCGGAGAACUGGCGCAAACCGGGACGCAACUAUGGUUUGGUUUUAGAGCUGCUUCCUCUUGAUGCAGAUCCAGAGGAGCUUCUUCCCUUUCACCCUGGGAACUCCCUGCCAUUGGAACCGGCUUUCACUCUGCCGCUGAUCCAGGCCUCGCUGGUGGCCGUGUCCCUCAACCCCCACCAGUGUCGCUCCAGACGGAGGAGGAGCGCCGUCCACCUCCCCGUGACACCCAGCAAUGUGUGCAAGGCCCGACGCCUCUACAUUGACUUCAAAGAUGUGGGUUGGCAGGACUGGAUCAUCGCUCCGCAGGGCUACAUGGCCAACUACUGCCACGGUGAGUGCCCAUUCCCACUCAGUGAGAGCCUGAACGGCACCAACCACGCUAUCCUACAGACCCUGGUGCACUCCCUGGACCCGCACGGCACACCUCAGCCCUGCUGUGUCCCCAUCCGCCUCUCCCCGAUCUCCAUGCUCUACUACGACAACAACGACAACGUGGUGCUGCGACAUUACCAGGACAUGGUGGUGGACGAGUGUGGCUGUCGAUGAAUUUAUUAUCAGCUCCUGAAAAUUAAACAUCCACUUGAGAUUUUUAAUCUUUUCUGUCCUAGUUUAGUUUGGAGUGGAGAAUUCUUACUGUCACUGCAGUUUGAUGAUUUGUCAGAAUACGUUUUCAGUGUAUAACCAGACGUCUUUGGUCAGUGGUUUUAAAGAAUCGAAGAUUUGUAUGAGUUUGUUCUCAGGGAAGUUUUGAGAGAUUUAAUAAAAAAUUAAAA